GCUGCGCUUGUAAGAUACGAAAAAUCGCGAAAGAUGGACGCCGAGAGUGAGAGCAUCACUUUUAUCUGAACUCUCGUCUUGGCAGCAAAAAUGGGCAAUCAAUUAGUGGGCAUCGCGCCCAGCCAAAUAUUUCCGGUGGAGCACUAUCUUACGGAUCACAGUGAUUUAUUAUUCGACGUGAAUUUAGGAAGCACCAGAUUCUUCAAAGUCGCCCGGGCCCGCAGCCUGGAGGGCCUGAUAGUUGUAAAAGUGUUUGCCAUUCACGAUCCAACAUUGCCAUUAUCUACUUAUAAGGACAAGCUGGAGGAGAUCAGGUCGAAGUUAGCCUCGGCUGUCAACUGCCUACCGUUUCAACGAAUGAUCCUCACAGAAAAAGCAGGCUCAAUAAUGCGGGAAUAUGUCAAAUAUUCUCUUUAUGACAGGAUCAGCACUAGGCCAUUUUUAACAAGCAUUGAGAAAAAGUGGAUUACUUUCCAAGUGUUGUAUGCGCUUAAUCAAGCCCACAAGUUUGGUGUUUGUCACGGUGACAUAAAAUUAGAGAAUAUUAUGAUAACCAGUUGGAAUUGGGUAUUGCUCACAGAUUUUGCUAGUUUUAAACCGACGUAUUUGCCAGAAGAUAAUCCUGCAGAUUUUUCGUAUUUUUUUGAUACAUCCAGGAGAAGAACAUGCUACAUAGCGCCUGAACGAUUUGUGAAAACGCUGUCUUCAGAAUUGAGCAAUACGUUACUGUUACCGGAACAAGAAGUAAAGACUGGUGAUCUGCAUCCGAUGAUGGACAUCUUUUCCGCGGGCUGUGCUUUAACAGAAUUGUAUAACGAAGGACAUCCACCGUUCGAUUUUUCACAACUCUUGGCAUAUAGAAACAACGAAUAUUCUGUGAGCAAGCACUUGGACAGUAUAGACGAUUCAGGAAUACGUGAGCUGCUCGGUUCAAUGUUGGAGAGAAAUCCGGCGUACAGGAAGAGCGCAGAGAUCUAUCUGGCUCAAACUCGCGGCACCAUCUUCCCGGAAUACUUUUACUCCUUCCUCCAGUCUUACAUGCUUAUUUUCUCCGCCGCUCCGAUUUUAUCACCGGACGAGAAAGUAGCGCGGUUGAAGAAGGACAUUGGCAAUAUUAUCAGCAUAUUGAAAACGGAGGAAAGUGAACGGAUGAAAAUAAGCGAGACAAAACCUGCGGAAACCGCGAAAUCUGGCCAGUGCGAGAGUAAUGUGGAAUCGAUCAAGGACGAUUCCGGCCACAGCGAGGAAAAUACAAUGGUGGAAGUCGACAGCGAUCAGAGUUCCGAUAAGACCGAUUUGAAUCAGAUUGACGUGAAGAGCACGGCGCAAGAUGGCAGCGAUAUUCAAGUGGACGCGGAGUCAGAUAUUAAAUCGUCUUGCGAAGAUCGCAAACAGACGAUGUGCGACGCAGAAUCCAAGAUCAAGUCAAUUUCUGCCUUGAGUGAAACUCUAGAAGGACUCGUUAUCAUAACUCAACUCGUUACGUCCUGCAUAAGAGGCUUGCAUUACUCGCAAUCCAAGUUGCACAGUUUAGAGAUAUUAUUGGAGCUGGCCGAGAAUGUUUCUGACGAGACGAUUCUUGAUAGAAUAUUACCUUAUAUCUUCCAUUUAGUUCACGAUCCGGCGCCGCGGGUGAGAGUAUCGGCGAUACACACUCUAACGAAGUGUUUACAGCUUGUGAAAUUGAUACCAUCUUCGGACGUAAACAUAUUCCCUGAGUACAUUCUACCAGGUUUAGCGCACAUAACUCAAGACGAUGCAGUUAUUGUUAGGGCAGCUUAUGCGGAGAAUAUUGCGCACUUGGCGCACAUCGCUCUGCGUUACUUGGAAAAUGCUCAUUUGUCUAACUUGGGUAACAAGGAGGGGCCAAAGCCGAGUUACGACAGCGAAUUGCAAACCUUGCACGAAAUGGUCCAACAAUCGGUGUCCAUGCUGUUAACGGAUCCCCAAAAUUUAGUGAAACAAACGUUGAUGGAGAACGGAAUAAACAAAUUGUGCGUGUUCUUCGGAAAGCAGAAAGCCAAUGAUAUUUUGCUCAGCCACGUUAUCACAUUCUUGAACGAUAAAGAGGAUAAGGAACUGAGAGGCUCUUUUUUUGAAUGCAUAGUCGGUGUGGCUGCGUAUGUCGGUUGGCAUAGCAGUCCUAUACUAAUGCCGCUUCUGCAGCAAGGUCUAUCCGAUCCUGAAGAAUUCGUAACCACAAAGGCCAUAAAUGCCAUGGCAACACUUACAGAAUUGGGUCUGCUACAUAAAUCUGCUCUUUAUCAAUUAUUGUCAGAAACUAUGAUCUUUUUGGUCCAUCCAAAUCUUUGGAUACGUCAUGCAACCGUCGGCUUUAUCUCCGCAGCGGCAAGAACUCUAAAUGUGGUGGAUGUUCAAUGUAAAGUUCAAACGAUGCUCCAACCAUAUCUGAAGCACUCAUUAAUCCAGAUAGAAAAGGAGAUUCUAUUGCUCGAGGCACUUGUUCCGCCCAUAUCCAGAAUAGUAUACGAUUCCGUAGUAAAAUAUAACGAUGUGGAGGAAUUAUUCCAAGUGCUUGAACAGAGGCAGAUAGCCAGAGCGAAAGCCAUAACGGGUGUGGUACCGCCACAAUACAACGACAUGAGUACCUCCUUAAAAAAUCUUUUUAGGCGACUGAGUUCGGAAUCGAUGACUGAGGCGGUUGAGGAUCAGUUGCUGAUUAUGAAGCCUCACUUGAUGAAGAUCAACAAGUAUCGCAAUUCCGCGGACGCGAAGCAGAAUGCUAUCAAGUCCGUGGACGGCAAGCUGGAGCUGAGUCCAGUGAAGGACAGGAUAAGGCACCACGUCGUCGUGUUAUAUCCAGAUACCAAGGGAGACUUAACCCUGCCGCCUUUCAAGAGGUUGGAUCGAAGAACGUCAGAGACCGUUGGCACGUACGCAACGAUGAAUCAGGAAUGGCGCACGAUGUUUGCCGCUCAAGAUAACGCUCAGCACGCUAUUGUCAAAAUGUCGGACAUGACUGGAAGCAGCGGCAGCCCCAGCCAGAGCAUACACAGCGGGGACAUCCAUUUAUCCCCGCAUCACUGCCUAUCAGAUAUGACCAGCAUUAAUUCCCUCAUGAACGAUCAUUCGCUUCACGAGCGGUCUUACAUACAAUACAGAUGUGCGCCCUGCCGAUUAGAAGUGCGGCAAUUAACGUAUCGGAAGCAAGAGCAACACGCGGCAGUAUUGAGAGCAAAGCGUUGGGCUAACAACGUCGCCUGCGAAGCUGAAUUAAGAAUCGGAACGUCAGCAGCGGACGGCAGCAGAGAAAGAGUGGGAUCAACAGGAUCAGCGGUUUCGACGGGAACGACAACUCGCUGCGUCACCUUCCGUGAAGAUGUAGACAUCGUGAGCAGUGACAACGAUAUGGAUGCAAGCAAACAAAGUGAAAUGGAUGUGAAAAUAGAUUGGUUGGUCAGAACAGUGAAGGUGAUGAAAGAUGAAAUAGCAUGCAAGAACGAAAUCAAGACGAUGAUUACAAAAAUUAUUCGAGAAGAGUUAGAAACUUUUAGACGCGAAUUUGAAGAAGUGAAAAGGAAUAUACAGGAGAAAACCACUGGAAUUGCAGGAAAGGGACCAGGAAGUUAUAGUGAGGCAGUAAAAAAUAAGAAGAAAGAAAGUAUUUUAAUUGUCCAACCGAUAAAGGAGCAGGAGAGUGAAGCUACCAAGAAAUUGGUAAAAGAAAAAGUAGAUAUAAAGAAUCUGGAGGGUAUAUGCUCGGAGGGAUGGAAAACAUCUAUGAUAGUACCGAUCCCUAAAAUAGAAAAACCAAAAAAAACAAAAAAUCAAUCGGGAUUUAGAAAAAACCGUUCGUGUGAAACGGUGAUACAAAGUGUUAUUGAUGACUGGAAAUUGACAGUUAGUGAGGGAAAAAUGGUAGGAGUUAUAUUCCUGAACUUAAAACGGGCAUUUGAAACAAUAGAUAGGACAAGAUUACUGGAUAAAUUAGAUCAGUACGGAAUAAGAGGAAUGGUAUGGGUGAGACUCAGCUGA